AUGAGUUCUACAUCUAAAACGGCUCCUGCUUCCGCUGUGACUGGCUUGCCACCUAUACGGCGUGUUAUAACUACACACGACAAAGACGGCAACGCCAUUAUCAGCAAAGAGAUACCCCAGACUCUUGAGGGAGUAGGGGUUUCCGGCACGGUCAUCUAUCUAGGCUACGCCCUGAACCAAUUCCCAGGUGUUUUGAACAAUAACCAGGAUCUGAAAGAAUACAAAGAUCGUCUCCCACACAACGUGGGCAUCAGCAUACCUCGUGGAACUGUGCUCCGUAUGAGUGAUUUCUUACCUGGACAGUCCGUGCCGAUGCACAGGUCGAAAACCAUAGAUUUCGGCGUGAUUAUAGAGGGAGAAGUGGAGUUGAUCAUGGGGAGUGGUGAAAGCACUGUGUUGAAGAGAGGAGAUAUUAUUGUCCAGCGAGGUACUAUCCAUGGAUGGAAGAAUAACACCACUGAGGUUGCUAGAGGAUUCUUUGUGUUGGUGGAUGCGGAUUUGCCGACGGUGAAUGGCACACAGUUGAAGGAAGAAGUACCAAUAGAGGAACUGAAAACCGAGUAA